AUGAAUCUUCUCAACACUCUUCCUGUUGAAGUUUGUGGAUACAUUUCAUCCUUUCUCGAUGUGGUUCAUGCUUCCAUAUUCUACAAGACCAUGAUGAUGAUGAUUCAUGAAUCUUGUUCCAAUCAUCAUCACCAACACCAUCACCAACACCACAACAGUUCCAUCCGAUCGAAUGAGCAAACACCACAAGCACUACCCUCCUCCUCAUCCUUCUCACCACUCCCAUGUUGUACACUGUACACUCCCAUGUUACAACAAAUAUUUCCAAUACUCUAUCGAUCUACUACUACUACUAUUGCCUCAUCCAUCACCAUCACCAACAACAACCAUCUAUUGAUGGAAAGUAGUAGUGGUAGUAGUGGUAGUGGUGGUAGUAGUGGUAGUGGUGAUAGUCGUGAACGAGUGUUGCCUUCAUUAUUGAAUCAUCACUUUUCUUCAUCCAACAAAUUUCAUGACACGUGUUUGGAAUUGAGUGAAAUCUCUCUCAUUUUCUAUUGUUAUGAUCAAUUAUUAUAUUUGAAAUCUCUCAUUACUUCAAAUUCCAUUCCACCUUUACCUUCCAUUCCAUCUUUUUCUUCGAUGUUGAGUCACUCCACAACAACAACAACAAUUACUACUCCUUCUUCGAUGUUGAGUCACUCCACAACAACUCGUUUUGAAAAUUUAUAUGAAUCUUGUGAAUUAUUCAUUGAAAUGGUUGAGAAAUUACGAAAUGAUUAUAUUCACUUUAAAAGAAUUCAACUUGUAGAUUUAUCAAAUUUCACAUUACAUUUAGAUUCAAUGGCUCUAUUCAUUGGAUUUACAAUGUGUCAUUUUCAUAUUAAAAGAAAAGCACUCAUUGAUCCCUAUGUGAGUCUAUUCACAGCAUUACCAUAUUUGAAAAAAGUGAAAGAAACUUUAUUGUUACCUUAUAAUAUUUCACAACUCGUUCAAGAACAUCAUAUUCCAAUCCGAUCCAAUCGAAUAUUAAAACAAUUAGAAUCUUAUAAGAAUAACAAGUAUAUUUAUGGAUUUUAUCAUGCUGCUUAUGGUUAUUCAAUGAUGAUGAAUAUCAUUCGAGUGACAGAAUAUGAAUUAAUGGAUGAAGAUUUUUUAAAUGGAGUUUUAUUUUCAUUGAAACAAGAUCAUUUGAGUAAUGUUGUGAAUAUGGGUAAUGUUGUGAAUAUGAGUAAUGUGAAUUCAAAUGAUGAUGAAGAGAAGAAGGGUAUGAAUAGGAAUGUGAAUAGGAAUUUGUCUAUGAAGGAUAGGAAUGUGAAUAUGGAUAGGAAUUUAUCUAUGAAGGAUGGUAAUCUCGAGAGAAAGGAAAGGAAGAGUGAAAGUGACAGUGCUGAUGAUACACAUGUAACUUGUUCCAGAGAAUUCCAUUUUUGGAUUGAUUUGAGAAGAGUGAAGAAUGAAAAAUUAUUAUUAGAUCAUUUGAAACGUGUCUUGUCACAUUUAAAUCAUUCCUCUACUCGAUUAAUCUAUUUAGAUAUUAAUUAUUAUGAAAGUGAAGAACAAUUAUGUCAAUAUCUACAAGUAUUGAACCAUUCAUUGACCAUUUCAAGAGGAAAGAACAAAGGAACAUGGAAUCAUGUCAUUCUUUCCACCUAUACUGAGAAGAAGGAAAGUGAAUUGUUCAUUCCAAGUUCUUCAACUACUUCUUUGAAUCUUUCAAUAGCACCUUGUGAAUCUCAACAACAAGAAUCCUCUAUCCUAUCAUCAACACUACCCACCACCACUUCACCAUCAACAACCAUCAACAACAACACUACCACCACUCUGACCAUCACUUCAUCAACAACAACACUACCCACCACCACAUUCAACACCACCACUAACACCACCACGACAUCUCAUCUGGUUCAUCAUGAUGAUUAUAUUCUAUCAUCCACAUCAUCCACAUCAUCAAUGAUAACAACCAAACCAAUGACAAUCACCACCACAUCAACACCUUCCAUUUCAUUCACUCAUCUUGUUCAUCAUUUAACUCUAUUAGAUAAGAAUAAUUAUAACAUUUUAAAUCGAAUCAUUUACAAGAAUUCGAUCAUCCAUUCUUCAAGCAAACUCUAUCACUUGACCAUCUCUAAUAUUGAUCAUUUACAUUUAUUUUUAAAUAAUCAUUUAAAUAUUAAGAGAAUUGAUUUCUAUUCUCAAAAUGGACCAUAUUCUGAUAAUUUCAAUGAUACUAAUUUAUUGAAAUCAUCUUUUGAGAAAUUAAACAAACUCUCUACUGUCUAUAUUGAUGAUCGAAAUGAAACCUUAGGAUAUUCUAUUUUAGGAAAUAUUGGUAUUUAUGUCAAUCAUGUGAUAUUUAAAUAUAGUAGAAAUGGAUAUACACUUUCAUCACUCAUUGAAUGUGUUAAAAGAUAUUCAAGAAGAUUAACCAAAUUAACACUUAUUGAUAACACCAAUCCAACAACAGAUUUACCAUUACUUUCCAAAUUAGUAUCUUCUUAUUUAUUUGAUAACAUGAUUGAACAAUUAAUUAUUUAUACCAAAUCAAUUUCAUUAUUAAGUGAAAUGUCACAGAGUAUUCAACAAGUAUUCUCUGCCAAUGAAUUGGAAUUGAAAUAUUUGCAAAUUAAUCGAAAAUCCCAAUCCGUGGAUUUUGUAAUAUUUUUGGGAAGAUCCUCACAUGGAUCAAUGAAUGUUGUGACCACUACUACUACUACGAUUGAUAAUGGUGGUGGUAGUAGUAGUCAGAGUGGUGGUGGUAGUAGUCAUGGUGGCACAAAUAGUAUCACCAAUAAUAAUAAUAAUAAUGGAAUUGCAUUGGGAACAAAUGUAGCAACAGCAACUACUACUACGAUGACUUCAUCCAACAUGAUCAUGGCAAGUACAACAACUACUACCACUGUCAUGACACCCAUGGUUUCAAGUAUCUCAAUUAUUCACACCAUACCCAUUUCAGGAGAGUAUGAAAUUAUUGAAGAAUUAAUGGUUGAGAAACACCAUGACAUUGAUGCAGUGAUGAAUAAUGUUUGUUUGUUUGGAUAUCAAUCAUCCAAUGCAUUUGUUGGUGUAGAAGGAAAUGCCAAUUUGCCAAACACCAACACUAAUCGAUAUACUUACAAUCACUAUACCUUGUAUCGAUUCUUGAAUGCUUUAUCUCUCUCCAAUUCACUCACUCUCACACGACCAUUUCUCAUGCAACUCAUGAUGAUCAAGUAA